AUGUCUCAACAGCAGAGCUCUUUCUCCAGAUCUGACUGUGUGGCCGUGACGCGGCGGACAGUCAUGGACAACAGGCCCGUCCCGAGAAGACGAAGUGGUGCCGUCCGACAUCUUCUGCUGGCGGCCACUUUCCUCGCAUGCAGCUCCCAGCUUCUGGUAGUGGAUGGAAACUCAUGGUGGUCUCUCGGUCUGACCCCAAUCCAGCGCCCUGAGAUGUACAUUAUUGGUGCUCAGCCUCUCUGCAGUCAGCUGUCUGGACUCUCUCAGGGUCAGAGGAAGCUGUGCCAGCUGUACCAGGAUCACAUGACCUACAUUGGUGAUGGAGCCAAGACGGGCAUCAAGGAGUGUCAGUACCAGUUCAGACAGAGGAGGUGGAACUGCAGCACCGUGGACAACACGUCCGUGUUUGGACGGGUUAUGCAGAUUGGCUCCAGGGAAACGGCGUUCACCUACGCCAUCAGUGCUGCUGGCGUGGUAAACGCCAUCAGCCGGGCGUGCCGCGAGGGCGAGCUGUCCACCUGCGGCUGCAGCCGCCACGACCGCCCGCGCGACCUGCCGCGCGACUGGCUCUGGGGCGGCUGCGGAGACAACGUGAAUUACGGCUACCGGUUCGCCCGGGAGUUCGUGGAUGCCCGGGAGAGGGAGAAGAACUACCCGCGCGGGUCACGCGAGCACGCCCGAACACUCAUGAACCUGCACAACAACGAAGCCGGGAGACAGGCGGUCUACAACCUUGCCAGUGUGGCCUGUAAGUGUCAUGGCGUUUCAGGCUCCUGCAGCUUGAAAACCUGCUGGCUCCAGCUGGCCGACUUCAGACGCGUUGGGGAGUUCCUUAAAGAGAAAUACGACAGUGCCGCCGCCAUGCGGAUUGGACGCAAGGGAAAGCUGGAGCUUGUGGACAAACGCUUCAAUAAGCCGACCCCGGAGGACGUGGUCUACAUUGACCCCAGCCCCGACUACUGCCUCCGCAACGAAACUACGGGCUCGCUGGGCACACACGGUCGCCUCUGCAACAAGACCUCCGAAGGCAUGGACGGCUGCGAGCUGAUGUGCUGCGGCCGAGGCUACGACCAGUUUAAAACCUACAAGCACGAGCGCUGCCACUGCAAGUUCCACUGGUGCUGCUACGUCAAGUGCAAACGAUGCACAACCCUGGUGGACCAGUUUGUCUGCAAAUAG